AUGGCCAAGACGGUCGUUAUCCUCGGCGGCUCGCUGGGCGGCCUGGCCGUUGCCCAUCGCCUGCUCAAGCACACGCGGCCCCGCGAGGACGACCUCCGAGUCAUCCUGGUCUCCAAGAACAGCCAUUUCUACUGGAAUCUGGCCUCGGUGCGCGCCGUCAUCCCCGGCCUCGUCAAGGACGCGGACCUGCUGCAGCCCAUCGAGCCCGGCCUGAGCCAGUACCCGUCCGGCAGCGUCGAGUUCGUCCUCGGCGCCGCCACGGGCGUCGACUCGGCGAGCAAGACGGUCCGCAUCUCGGUGGCAGCAGCAGAAGCAGCCGGCGGCGGCGACGGCGACGGUAGCCAAGCCGAUCAGAAAAGGACCGUGGCGUACGACUACCUCGUCGUGGCCACCGGCGCCGACGCCGCCGACGCCCACAUGCCCUGGAAGGCCGCCGGCUCCUACGAGGACUGCCUGGCCAGCCUGCACGGCACCGCCGCCCGCAUCCGCGCUGCCGAGCACGUCGUCGUCGCCGGCGGCGGCCCCACGGGCGUCGAGGUCGCCGCCGAGAUCAAGGACGCCUUCCCCGCCAAGACGGUCGUCCUGCUCAACGCCGGCGCCCAGCUCGUCGGCGGCGACCCCUCGGCCGGCGCCGUCGAGCGCGAGCUGCGGCGCAUCGGCGUCGACGUCCGCAACAAUGCCAAGGGCGCUGUCGACGACGCCGGCCCUGGUGGCGGCAAGACCAAGGUCUCCCUGUCCGACGGCUCCGAGAUGCUCACCGACCUCUACCUCCCCACCACCGGCCUCACCCCCAACUCCGGUUUCUUGCCCAAGGACCUGCUGACGGACAGGGGCUACGUCCAUGUCGACGACUACAUGCGUGUCCGCGCCGCGCCCGACAUGUGGGCCGUGGGCGACGUCGUCUCCAAGCCGCGCGCCGGCUUCCUCAUCACCGAUGCCCAGGCGGCCGGAGUUGCCAAGAACAUUGACCUGGUGCUGCAAGGCCGCGGCCGCGGAGCCGGUCGGCUCGGGCCCAUCCCUAUCCCCUCCUUCUUCGUAUGGGCCGUCAAAGGCCGCACCUUGGGCAUGGAGAGGACGUCCAAGUACGCCGACGGCACCAUGUUCUGA